AUAAACCACAGUUAGGUUAUGUUUAAACAGUGGGGCAAGCACUUUUUCACACAGGGCCAUAUUUGAGUGCUUCACCUUGUAAGCUUUGUGAAGAGGGCUGGACAGCAUACGGUGGAAAGUGUUAUUUCUUCUCUUCUGAAAAGAUGACAUGGUUUAAGGCUCGUGAUUUAUGUGCUGGAUUAAAAGCUCAUCUGGUCACCAUCAACAGCAAAGCUGUACAGGAUUUCCUGGUGUCUAAAAUUAAAGUGACUCACUGGAUCGGUCUUAAUGAUCAGAGGACUGAAGGUCGAUGGGUUUGGCCGAAUUAUCAAACUCUUGAAGAGACCAGAUUAAAGUUCUGGUUCAUAAAGAAAGAUGGAAGCGAGCCGAAUAACUGGACUGGAGAGAAUCCAUCUGGAGAGGACUGUGCCAGUAUGGGAUAUCUGAGUGAAUACUUAAACUAUUGGUUUGAUGCAUCUUGCGAAUACGACAAAAAGUAUAUCUGUGAAAAAGAAAUCCUUGCAUUUCAUUGAUGACUGUAGUGAAUGUAGUCUCAAUCUUAUAUUGAGGAUCUUUUCACAUCUCUCUGUAUUGUGCAUUUAAAUCUUGUUAAAUAAAAGACGCUCUUUACUGUGAUUUUAUAACAAGGUGGUUUUACAUUUACAGUAUAAAAGACACUGUAAUCUAUUAAUCAUUUACAAUAACAAUUUGACAAAAUAAAAAAACUAAUAUU